AUGCAGAACAACAGUGCUCUCUCAUUAAGCUUGGGGGUGUGUGGACAAACUCUGGAGGAAGGCGCAGAUCCAACGAACAAAACGAACAGCGAAACUAUGCAGAACCUCUCCCUCCACUGCUGGCUUCGCCUGCUUGCCAAAGAAUCCGGGACAGAAUUAUAUGGAGACAGUUCAAGCGUGGCUAUACGCGCGUUCAUCGCACUGGUGUACCUGAUCUUAUGCGCUCUGGGGCUCGUGGGGAACCUACUGGCUCUUUAUCUCCUUCACUCACGACAUAGGCUGAAACAAUCCUCCAUAAACUGUUUUGUUAUGAGUUUGGCUAUCACUGAUUUGCAGUUUGUGCUUACUCUUCCCUUCUGGGCUGUUGAUACAGCUCUGGACUUCCGUUGGCCCUUUGGGAAGGUGAUGUGCAAGAUCAUUAGUUCUGUCACUACUAUGAACAUGUAUGCCAGCGUGUUCUUUCUAACAGCCAUGAGCGUGGCGCGCUAUUGUUCCCUGGCUUCAUCACUGAGAAUGCACAGUACUAGAACUGCCUCAGCUGAGGUGAAAUGGGCCAGUGUGGGGAUUUGGGUAGUGUCUGUAGUGGCCACACUCCCUCAUGCAGUUUAUUCAACCACUGUGAAAGUGUCCGAUGAGGAGUUGUGUCUAGUGCGUUUUUCGGACUCGGGAAGCUGGGACCCUCAGUUAUUGCUGGGACUCUAUCAGACGCAGAAGUUGCUGCUGGGUUUUCUCAUACCCUUGGUCGUGAUCUCCGUAAGUUACCUACUUCUGCUACGCGUCGUGCUCCGACGACGCGUCAGCGGCAUCCCAGGUUCUGAAAGCGAAAUAUGCCGUCUUAGACGCCGUUCCAAGGUGACCAAAUCCGUCACCAUUGUUGUGCUGUCGUUCUUCUUGUGCUGGCUGCCUAACCAGGCGCUAACACUUUGGGGAAUACUCAUUAAAUUUGACAUGGUGCCAUUCACUAAAGCCUUCUAUAACGCACAAGCCUACACCUUUCCCAUUACGGUGUGCCUUGCGCACACCAAUAGCUGCCUGAACCCGGUCUUGUACUGUCUUAUUCGACAGGAGUACCGCGCUGGUCUCAAAGAACUGGUGCUCAAAGCCACGUCCUCUCUAUGUCAUAUAGCUAAUAUGGCAUUCAGGAGAAAAAGAGUCGCUGAGGCGGAGCCUCCUCUAUCCUUAGUGCCUCUGAAUGCUGGGGUCUGA